GGGGUUCCGCCGGGGCCGCUGGGGGGCCAGCGGCUGCCGAACAAGGGGUUUGGCAGCUCCUUUUGGUCACCUUCGUGUCCUAUGCCUUGCUGCCCGUGCGCAGCCUGCUGGCCAUCGGCUUUGGGCUCGUGGUGGCUGCGUCGCACUUGCUGGUCACAGCCACCUUGGUCCCCGCCAAGCGCCCACGUCUCUGGAGGACGCUCGGCGCCAACGCCUUGCUCUUUGUCGGUGUGAACAUGUAUGGGGUCUUCGUGCGGAUUCUGACUGAGCGUUCGCAGAGGAAGGCGUUCCUGCAGGCCCGGAGCUGCAUUGAGGACCGACUGAGGCUGGAGGAUGAGAACGAGAAGCAGGAGCGGCUCCUCAUGAGCCUCCUGCCCCGGAACGUUGCCAUGGAGAUGAAGGAGGACUUCCUGAAGCCCCCUGACAGGAUUUUCCACAAGAUUUACAUUCAGAGGCACGACAAUGUGAGCAUCCUGUUUGCUGACAUCGUGGGUUUCACGGGCUUGGCAUCCCAGUGCACGGCCCAGGAGCUGGUGAAACUCCUCAAUGAGCUCUUCGGCAAGUUUGACGAAUUAGCCACGGAGAACCACUGUCGUCGCAUCAAGAUUCUCGGGGACUGCUACUACUGCGUGUCGGGACUGACCCAGCCCAAGACUGACCAUGCCCACUGCUGCGUGGAGAUGGGGCUCGACAUGAUUGAUACCAUCACAUCCGUGGCUGAAGCCACCGAGGUGGACCUGAACAUGCGUGUGGGUCUGCACACGGGCAGGGUCCUCUGUGGUGUCCUGGGCUUGCGCAAGUGGCAGUAUGACGUGUGGUCCAAUGAUGUGACCUUGGCCAAUGUCAUGGAAGCCGCUGGCCUGCCAGGGAAGGUUCAUAUCACAAAGACGACCCUAGCGUGCUUGAAUGGGGACUACGAGGUAGAACCAGGUUACGGACAUGAGAGGAACAGUUUCUUGAAAACUCAUAACAUUGAAACCUUUUUUAUUGUGCCAUCCCAUCGCCGAAAGAUAUUUCCAGGCCUGAUUCUCUCAGAUAUAAAACCGGCCAAGAGGAUGAAGUUCAAGACUGUCUGCUACCUGCUGGUGCAGCUCAUGCACUGCCGAAAGAUGUUCAAGGCCGAGAUCCCCUUCUCCAAUGUCAUGACCUGCGAGGACGAUGACAAGGUUCAGAUCCAUCCCUCACUGAGUGGCCUGGACGUCCUCCUGGGGAUUUGGUCUCCCACCCUGCAACGGGGGCAACUGUGCACGUAGCUUCAGGUCCUGCCCAACAGCCACUGUCACCAGUGCUGCAAGGAUGAGCUCCUGCCAUCAGCCCUUACCCCCCAGGGCAUUCACGCCAGCUGUUUCUUCUCUCAGCAGUUUCUCCUGAUCGUAAACAUAAUUGAUUAUGGAAAAUAUGGAGAAACACAAAAAUGCACAAGGGAGAAAAUGAAAAGCAUUUAUCUGCAAUCCUACCAUCCCACAAAAAAGCUAUCAUGAACGUUUUGUUCCUUCCAGUUUCUUAAGUGUGUGUGUCUGUAUUUUUUAAAUAAACUUGAUGAUACACAGG